ACACCUGGAUGGUCGGCAAUCCAAGUGCCAGAUAACUCACAUCUGGCCCGCGGCUCUCCUCUUCCUCCCGCCAGUCCCGGCGCGACCCCCGCGACCACGACAUCCUCGGCUGCAAGCUCAACUCGCAUGCCUAACUGGACUCCCCACACGCAGCCGAACGAGCUCAACACGGUACAACUUUCUUCAACGCGGGGCCCCUCCGCCUCUAUAUAGCCCCAGCUCCACGGUCCAAAGUCCAUAAGCAGUCAGCUAGGUUCCCCUUUAGGCGCGCCGACGACGAGCCCGCCCACAUCUCCCCCGGCGCGCGCCCCCGAAAGAUGGAACGCCCGCUGCUCGCCGCGCUCCUGGUGGUGUGCGCGCUCGUGUCGGCCGGCAGCGCGCAGCCGGCGGAGGAGCUGCGGCCGGGGGGCAACGACGACGACGCGGCCGACCAGGAUAUGCGCAUCAGCACGACCAUGAUCGCGCUGCUGGCCGCCGUUGUCACGGUGUUCUUUUUGAUCCUCGCGUCCAUCAUCUAUCUCCGCCACUGCACCGGCCACUCGUACCCCCACGCCCCGCGGCCGGACGACUCCCGUGGCUCCGGCCCCGGCGCCGGCUUCUCGAGCUUCAUCGCGAGGCGGCAGCAGCGGCGGGCGGCAACGCGCGGGCUCGCCGCCGAGGUGGUCGAGGCGUUCCCCACCAUGCGGUACGCGGAGGCUAAGGCGCUGCGCGUGGGGAAGAAGGCGGCGCCCCCGCUCGAGUGCGCGGUGUGCCUCAGCGAGUUCGAGGACGAGGACAGGCUCCGGCUGCUGCCCAAGUGCAGCCACGCCUUCCACCCGGACUGCAUCGGCGAGUGGCUCGCCAGCCACGUCACCUGCCCGGUCUGCCGCCGCAACCUCGACCCAAGCAAAGAUGCCGGCAGCGACGACGAGGCGAGUGCUCGUAAUUCUAACCCCCCGGCGCCGGAAGCCAACAGCGCCUCCAGCGAAAUCGCCGUGUUGCGGCACCACCAGGCAGACGGCGGUGCGCGACCACCGGCCGUGGUCAUCGACGUGGUCACGGAGGAGGAAGCCGAGCAGCGCAGGAAGGAAGCGAUUGAGCUGCAGCGGAUAGGGACCCAGCGGCGCGCGAUGCGGUCGCGGUCGCGGCCGGCGGGGGCGAAGAAGCUCGUCCGGUCGUACUCCGCGGACCACUCCCUCCCCGUAGUCCGGCUCGACCGCGACCUGGAGCGGUUCACGCUGCGGCUGCCGGAGCACGUGCGCAGGGAGAUGGUCGCGGCCGGGGAGCAGAGCGCGCAUCGCCGCGCACAGAGAGCCGGCAGAUGGCCAUCGUUCCUGAGGUACACCAGGACGCUGUCGGGAAGGUUCUUUUCGACGCCGAGGAGAACGGAGAGCUCCGAGGGAGGAGAGGUGUCCUCUUCAUCGUCGACGAGGAUUAGAGGGAAGCGCGUGGCCGCCGUGCAUUUCGUCGAACGCGGCGGCGUGUCCGGUGCCAAAGUCGGCUCUGUGGCGGUCGAUGUGGACAAGGACAAGGCAGCUAGCCGGCAGGUUCGAACGUAGAAAAGGAACACGACUUUUGAACCUACAAAGCGGUGUCCUUCCAACGCAUGCGGGGAGUCUGUCUGUACUAUUAACUCAAAAAGAGACCGUAAUCAAUCACUCGCAUGCAGUAAUAGUCAAGAAGCCCAGUUGAGGCGCGUGAAUAGCUUUUUUCUCUACGUCUCCCUCCGUCAGGAUUUAGAAGACGUGUUUAAAAAAAUUAUCUGAUUAUU